GACUUCAGCGUGCAUGGACGACACGCGAUCGAUGAUAGGAGUAAAGUAAAGACCAGUAAGCACAUAUGAGUGGAAACAAAGGCAGAAACCAACCCAGAAAAGGGCAUGUCUCCACAGGGGAGUUUUUCGCUCUCGGCUCAAAGUCGGGGCCGUCCAAACCUCCACUGCGUCUGUCAGAGGAGGCCAAGAUAGCCUCAACGAAACCCAGUCUCCUGGGCCAACCCCCGUCCAAGAAACUCCGCCCAGCCCCGCCCUCCGAGAGUUCGUCUUCGGGCGGGCUCUUCUCUGACCCAAUUCGCAUGACACAGAGUUCCCAGAGUUCCCAGAGUGGCGGGAGCAAAGGUCAAACGUCAGCUGGAAUUCUCAAAGGUCAAAGUUCAUCGACAGGGCCGAAAGGUCAGAGCGCGACAAAACAGUCUCUUGGAGGAGGCUCAGGAACGCCUCAACUACAAAUCAUUGAAGUUCGACCAGGAGACCUGUUACCAGCGAUAGCAGAGGCCAAAUCAGCCGGAGGAGGAGGAGGAGGGGGAGGGGGAGAGUCUAAAGUUGUGAGAAUCCUGGCAGGAGCCAUGAAACAGCUGAAGCACUCGCGACUAAAGCCAGAUGCCAAGUUGAAUAGUGACCUGGUGUCACUGGUGAAGGAAGACCCGCAGCUGUUUAACAACCCCAAUAUCAUUGAGGGGUUGGUGUCAGUUUUGAAGCGCGAACCCUCUGUGAUCUUCAAGGCAAAGAGCAAUCCAUCGGUGUACGUUCUGACCACCCAGCUCCUCCUGUUGGCCCUCCAACACUCUUACGACUGGCCUGAAAUGAUAGGGAGGGCGUUCAUUGAAGACUCGGUAGGAGACAGAGUCUGGGUGGACCUCGAACAGUGCAGGAGACUGGUGGAGAACAUCUGCAUCACCUUCCAGACCAAGGCCCCUUCCUCCUCCUCCUCCUCCUCCUCUUCGUCGUCAGGGGCUGGGUCUGGCGAGGGAGGAGGGUCUGGUAAGCCGUCCACUAGUGGAGGAGAGGGUGUGGCAACUGGAGGAGGGGGAGAGAAAGAGGACAGUGAAGUGUUGCAUUCUCUUAUCGAGGAAGUUGAUGUGGAACCACGGUUCUCCCUAGCCACGUGCAAGUCUCUCAAGACCCACAUCCUCCAGCUGCUGUCAGAGGCCUUCUCCCGCCACGCCCACCCCCCAGACUCCAUCUCCCGAAAUCUACUCCGGUUCCUCACGGCCGUAGUGGGGUACCCCGAAGUACGAGUCAUCGUCGCUCAGAAGAUGGAGGCUUGGAUACAGAAUCCCAAGCUAGGUAAACUCUGCCAGGAGCUGCUGAUGGCAGUGGCUACAAACUGCACCACUCACCAGUCGGAGGACCUCAAGGUCAUCGAGUCACUGCUCGCCGUCAGACUCAAGACGAAACUCUUCUCCAACCAGUUUGUCGGGUGUAUCAGAGAGCUCAUAUCCAGUCAUCCUGGUAACCUGGAGACGGUACUGAGGGGUGUGGUCAACAACGAGCUGGGGCAGCUGCGUAGUCCUAGCAACAUAGCUCUCCUGGCGAUGAUGCUGCACCACUGGCCCGACGAGGCACCAAAGCUCCUCGGUACCGUGUUCCAGGAGUUCCUGACACGGAAGGAGGACUACCUGCGGGCCCUGCGAGGGUUCCUGAGGGAGAUUGUGCGACAAGUCAGAAACGAGUUCAAAUUCUACUCGUUCUCCUGGUCUCUCAUGCAAAAGAUGGAGACCUUUGACCUCCAGCAGCUGGAGCCUCAACACAAGGAGCGAAUGGCGCUCUCCCUCGCUGAUCUCAUCGCCUGUUCCUGCAUGCUAAUGGCCAACAUGCUGAUACGCGAGGCCUACGCCGGGUACCAGAAAGGCGAGAAAGCCAUGGUCCCCCAACUCCAGGAAUUCUUCACCACCCUCGGAGUCAUCCACGAGACGGUGUCUGGUGGAUACAUACAGUUGUGGCAGAGUCUGAUUUUCCACCUGAUGGGUGAGGCAGGUCUCAAGGAGGACACCCUGAUGAGAGUGCUGAUCAUUGGCCUCAAGAGGGACCUCCCCCUUUCUCCCGCUGACUCCCUCGACAUCGCCGACCGCCUCGUUGCCAGGGCUGCCAGCGCCCACAGCGACGACAUUCCGCGACUCCCUGUGGUAGAAAGAAGGGAGCUGUUCAACGUCAUAUUUGACAUCACGACCUACAGACCUCCGCCCAACAUUCAGCUCCCCGAGGACUACCAUCCUCCAUCUCUCGCCAUCUCCAAACUAUACUGGAAGGGAUGGAUACUGCUGCUGGUACUAGCCGCGUUCAACCCUAAAUCUAUUGGCUCCCUGGGCUGGUCGGAGUACCCUCCCCUAAAAGGAAUGAUGGAGAUGGUCAUGACGAGCAACUAUUCCUUCCCUCCCUCCAUGGCCCUCGCCACUCGGGAAGACGGCUCCCUGGAGACCAGAGACAACGCAGUCAUGAGAGAACUGCAGAGAAGGAAGCCAUCUUGGAGUACGAGAAACCACCUGGCAGCCUCCUCUUCCCAACCUAACGUCAUCAACGAGUCCAACAGUUAUCUCCUCAACCAAGUCACCCUCAUGCAGCCCAAGGGCCCCGUGAGGAAACUGCCAGCAACAGUCAUAGAUCUCAUCAAGACUGUCAACAGACUCAAACUGGGGCAGCUGCUAUGUCGCUGUCGCUCCCCCGACUUUCUUCUCGAUAUCAUCAGGAGACAAGGGACGGCAGAGUCGAUGAAGUGGCUGACGGAGCUAAUGGAGUCCAGUCACAGUUCUCUUGAGGUCCUGCCCGUCCCCUGUCUGUGUGAGUUCCUCAUGGCCAGCUACAAGGAGCAGGGAGACGGUGGGUCGAGCGACGCGGACUCUGCUGACCCCAGCAGCCAUAGGGGCAUGUACAAACGCCGGAAGACAGCACACGACAAGGUGAAUGAGCGACAGAAGCAGCUGGUGCGGCAACUGCGGAGUCUCCUGGUCGGGCUCCAGGCCUCACCGGAAAAGACGGGAGAAGUUCUCGAGUAUUUCUUCGAGAAGCUGACUGGCUCUAGCAUCACUCCGCGACGUCUGGCACUGAAGAGUCUCCAGCUCAUUCUGAGCAAGGGAAUGGUUCCCGGACAGUCUGAGUCUGACACCUCUGACACGGACGACGAGGCGGGCCGGGCGGAGGGCAGGGAAGACGGAUGGCUCAUGAAACAGCUGCCCAACCUGCCACACUUUAACGCCGUCCUCCCUAAGAUCUCCCACCUCCUGCUCCAAGCUUGUCUCAUGGAGACUCAGCUGCGCAGCCUUCGGUCGUACGUUCUCUUCAUAACCAGCCACAUACCUCGAGACCACAUCUUUGAGUUUUCCAUCGGGAUAUCGCAGAUUGUGGUGGACCGGUUUGCCAUCAUCAAGAGGGUGUUCGGGAUGGCGGCGGGCGAGGGGGAGAGCGAGAAGGGGAGGGGCGCGGAAGCCAUGCACGCGGCUCUGCUGAACAUGCUGAGAGUGAGUUUGGAGACGGCGAUUCAUUCGCAAAGGAUCCCUCAGGUCUCCGGUAGCUCCGAUUUCGUCCUCUUGACUUUCCCGUCCGGGAAAAAGACUAUUCUUCACGCCGCGCUUAUCCACGCCUCACUUCUUCUUCUCACCUGUCCCCCUCCUCCCUCCCCUCCCGCGUUGGCCGACUUUGAAUUUCUCUCCGACCUGUGGCUUCCCGCGGGAGAGAAAUUUCCCGAGGCACACACCGUGGAGGACAAAGAGGGGACCCCUAUAAUUUCCUCCACUAUUCUUCCCGAAAUGUUGCUCUCUCGGAAUCCUAGAGUCAUGGGUGUGUGUCUGAGAGAUGCCGGGAUUUUGGAGCUCUGUUUGAGCGUGCAGCAGUUUGGCAUUCCAGAGGCUAACAUGAAGCAGAUAUUGGCCCACCUGGACAAGUUGUGUACCGGUGAAUCCUCGGCUGAUCUCGAGGCCGUGAUUCAGAACCCGGGAAAGCUGGCGCAGUUCAGCGAAGUCCAGUUCGCCAGGUGCGGUUUGAAAGACGGGAGGGCUUUCCUCUCGUUAGUGAGAAAUAUCGCCGGAAUCCCCGACGAUCCCGUGCAGAGCGUCUCCGAAAUGCUGCUCUCAAGUGGAGAGACGCGGGAAGUCGAGAUGGCUCCCGUUGUGCCGUCCACCGACGAGAAAACGAGCCUCGGUCAACUCUCGGAGGAGAAACUCGAGCAGGCGUUUAUGAAGGUGUUUGCUCCCUCCGUUGGGCGAUCCAGCUUGCCGGCCGAGGAGGUGGUGAAGGCUUUGUCUGACACCGAGAAAGGUUUGAGAUCGGUAAUUCAGUCUGUCACCGCGGAGUCGUGCGACGUGAAACGCGAGGAACUUUCUUCACCUGCUGUGCCAGUCGUGUCUGCCCUCCACAAGGUUGUAGUGAAGUGCACAGGUAGAACGCGACGCCAGGUUCUGGAGGGAAUGAUUAAGUCAUCGUUUGCCGUCUCUCUUCUUCGACUCCUGACUAGGAUACACGUUUUGGCCGGCGGGGGUGAGGGCACAGCAGACAGCGAUCUCCUGCGAGCCACGGUGAAGCAGAUUUCAGACUCGCUAGCCACGAUGAAAUUCGGGAAAAUCAAGGAGCUCCCGCGAUUUCAGGCCGUUGUGAAGGCGUGCUCGACGCAACUGGGCCUCAAGAUGCUCCCGGAGAGGGAAAGCUACUCGGAGAGGGUGGCGAAAGUCGCCGAAGACUGUGCUUCGGGGAUCAGGAAAGAGACGGACUUGUUCAGCCCGGACCAGGCCAAGAUGAUAAGCGACAUCUGUCACUUCGUGGGGACAGAGAAACAGUCACCGCACGUGGAGUCGGUUCUGAGCGCGCUGGUUCAUCGCUCGAUCGUCUCGGGCAUGGAGAGGGAAUGUAUCGAAUUGCUACAGAAGCUGAGCUGGAGAUGCAAACCUAUCGCACUGCAGCAGUCCCCGGAGAUGUUGCACCUUGUUGUGGAGAAAGAUAGCGAGAAACGCAGCCAGGAGCCGACGGGAGGAGAGAGAGACAAGAAGGGAAGAGUUUCGAGCUCUCGCGUGUCGUUUGUUCACUCGCUAGACAUGAGCGGGUUGAAAGUGGACUUGUUGGAGAUCCUGGACCCUGACAUUCUGAGAAUGACACCAGAGGUGACGAGGAGAGAGGUGUUUGGUUGGAGCUGCGUGGGGAGGGAGAGGGAGGAGGGGGAGGCAGGGGGAGCGUGGCUGGGUCCGGGGUACCUCAUGGCCCGUCUGGUUCACGAGAGCUCCUGGGAGACCCUCCAGGGAACGGUUACAUCACUGCUAGUGGAGGAACACUGCCAGGAUGAGGGGGUGAACUGCAGUGCAGUGCUGGAUUUCCUGUGGGCCUGUCUCCACAAGCCGGUUCUCUGGCAAGGCUGUGUCGGUCGGGAGGCCAUUGAGAACAGCAACAUCUCCUUGGGGAUCGACGAGAGUGAGCUGAAAUUAACCCUGUCCCAACUGAAGUGUCUCCUGGACUGCAUACUGAGGGAAGCCGGGCAAACCUCCACAGCCAAUGGAGGGGACCAAAGGGAGGAGGAUGAUGGUGGUAGUAGUGGACUCUACUCACGGCUGCCACUGCUGGUGUCCUGUUACCGUGGUGACCCAGCUGCCUUGGAGACAGUAGUUCAACAUCUCACAACACACGCAAGGUUUCCAGAUCUCAGUCGGCAGCUGCUUGUCCAAUUGUACCACGCUGAUGAGAGGGUCCUCCUCUUCCACGACCGCAGAACAUUUCUGAAGACUCUCGUCUCCUCUCCUCUCUCCAUUCCUUGCAGGCUGGACACGGACCUGCACCAUCUGGUGUCUGCCAUGUGUGAUGCAAAAUCCGGCCAGAACAGCGUGCACAAGAUGACCAGCGCGGCCAUGAUCUGUCGCAGGAUUGCCUACUGCCAUCCAACACUAUUUCUCAGGCAGCUGCCGUUGCUAGGCUGGUUGCUAAGGGGCAGGGCCCACCUGAAUCCCUCAGAAUUCCGGAAUCGCAACCACAAACACGUGUUUCAGAACUCGCUCUUCCUACUCCACCUUCUUCAGCCUCUCAUCUUCGACAACUCUCAAAAUCAUGCUAUGGAGCUGUGCCUACAACCUUUCUUUGAAUUUCUCAAGAACCAGUGUGUGGAAUCCAAAAGGCACCAGAACAUGGUUCUCAAGUUCUCCGAUCUUCUCGUUCUCUACACGCAGCACAACAAGACGUCGGCAGCUCCUCUCAUCCACCGCCAUCUUGAUCUCCUCCAGGCACUGGCUGAUACCUACUCCACCAAAAAAUCGAGUCUGCGCUCUCUAGUGGAGUGUUUCCCUCCAGAACCCCCGGAGACGACCCCCGGCCCCCCACUGGGGGUCCAGAUUAUGAUGACCCCUCCGUCGGUCUUGGGGCACAGCCUCACACACGAACAGGUCAUGCCGUUUCUGAAGAAACUGGAGCAAGGCCAGCUGAGGGAAGAUGUGCUGAAGGUCCUACAGGAUCUCGAGGAGACCUCACUUCACUCUGUUGAGAUUCUCAGACACUUUGUGGUCAGUUCUAUGCCCUACUAAAGGGUUUCCUUACAAUUCCUGUUUCUCAUUUCUUCCCGUUUCCGUUUCUCAUUUCAUUCUCAGACACUUUGUGGUCAGUUCUAUGCCCUACUAAAGGGUUUCCUUACAAUUCCUGUUUCUCAUUUCUUCCCGUUUCCAUUUCUCAUUUCUUUCUCAGACACUUUGUGGUC